CAAUGCAAUUAAUACCCAAAUAAAACUGCAAUUAAAUAUUUCCGUAUAAAUACGGCUCUGAGAGUUUGCAAGUUAAUCAGUUUUGUUCAGACAACAAAUAUGAAGAUCUAUCUCUGCUUUGUGCUUCUCUGCGUCGGCAUGGCCCUUGGUGAUUAUGGGGGUUAUGGUGAGCGAGGCCUUGGUUUUGACAAGGCACCAAUCAAUGCCCGACAAGCUCCCGGUGGUGAUAAUGCCGGUGGUUCAGACAAAGAACCAGCCAAAGCCCGAAAAGCCGACGCUCCUCCUGCUAAAGCACCAGCAGCUGCUGCUACUGGUGCUGCUGCAGCUGCUGCGUCUGGUGCUCCUGCUGCUGGUGCUGCUCCUGCUGGUGCUGCUCCUGGUGCUGCUGCUGCUGCCGGUGCUAAAACCGAUGCUGGUGCUAAAUCUGCAGCUAGUCCUAAACCUGCAGCUGGUGCUAAACCUGCAGCUGAUGCUAAACCUGCAGCUGAUGCUAAACCUGCAGCUGCCGCUGCAGCAGCAACACCGAAAUAAGUUUUGUGAAUUUACAAAAGCAAAUGUCAAAUAAAGAAUACAUUUAAUUAAA